CCCUCACAGCGAUCCCAACACCCAUGCCCACUAAGGGUAGCGAUGAGAGACAUAAAGAAAAUCUUCCAAAUGAAUGUGGUACAAAUGGACUCUAUGUCAUGAAAAACAAAAUGAACACAUAACCAGCUCUAGGUAGGAUGUGAUACUGGAGCAGACUCCCAGGACAGAAUACAUUCAGUGGAACAGGUAAUCCCAUUGCAGAUGGAAGGAGGUAGCGGUACCCAGGAGUACACAGUUGUCAGGAGGUGGCCUGGAUGGCUGUUCAGAGCAGAGGAGGAGGCAGGACGCCCAGUGGGUUGAGAGAUGCAGGUCAUGCAUGCUGGUCAGAUACCCUCUUGCCUAUGGUAUAGCAUCGGUGACUGGGCUCAUCUUCUUGGCCAGAUUUCAUGUUCUCCAUAUAUCAUGUAUAUUCUCAAAAAUAAUUAGCACUGACUAUGUAGAGGGAAGAGUAGAGUGUGAACCCUUCCUGGUCAUGUUGUGGAGGCUCUCAACAGGAGGGGAAUAUUUUCUUUUCCUGAAACCGUUUCUACUUGUCUGAGGUCAGUGGCAAUGUUAUCUCUUUUUUGCUCUCUAGGUUGCAGAAGGAACAAGCACUCAAAAGUAAAUGUUGGGGAAUUACACUAGUGCUACUGAAUUUUAUCUCUUAGGCUUCCCUGGCUCCCAGGACUUACGCCAUGUAUUAUUUGCCACCUUCAUCCUCUUCUACUCAGUGACAGUGAUGGGAAAUACGCUCAUCAUUGUGACAGUCUGUGUGGAUAAACGUCUGCAGUCCCCCAUGUAUUUCUUCCUGGGUCACCUCUCUGUGCUAGAGAUCCUGAUCACAUCCGUGGCCGUCCCCCUGAUGCUGCGGGGCUUGCUGCUUCCUGGGAUGCAGGCAGUAUCCUUGACCGCAUGUGCCAUACAGCUGUAUCUGUACCUCUCUUUGGGGACGUCGGAGUUUAUAUUAUUGGGAGCGAUGGCUGUGGACCGUUACGUGGCUGUCUGUAACCCUUUGAGGUACAGCAUCAUUAUGAGCAGCCACACCUGUAUCUGGGUGGUAGUUGUGUCCUGGGUGUUUGGGUUCCUAUUUCAAAUCUGGCCAGUCUAUGCCACGUUUCACCUUACCUUCUGCAAAUCAAAUGUGUUGGACCAUUUUUACUGUGACCGAGGGCAGCUAUUCAGACUCUCUUGUGAUGACAGCCGUUUCACACAGUUUAUUCUUUUUCUAAUGGCUGUUUUCAUUAUCGUUGGUGCUUUGAUCCCCACAAUUGUCUCCUAUACCUACAUCGUCUCCACCGUCCUAAGGAUCCCCUCGGCGUCGGGCCGGAGGAAAGCCUUCUCUACCUGUGCCUCCCACUUCACCUUUGUCGUGAUUGGCUACGGCAGCUGCUUGUUCCUCUACGUGAAACCCAAGCAAACGCAGGCAGCCGAGUACAACAGGGUCGCGUCCCUGAUGGUUUUAGUGGUGACCCCUUUUCUGAACCCUUUUAUCUUCACCCUCCGGAACGACCAAUUCGUAGAGGCUUUUAGAGAUGUCCUGAAACGCUGCUGUCAACUCCUCAAGGAUUAGCUCUGUCCUAAGGACCAUCGCGGCCUCAUCGUCCUGGGCCUGAGUCAUCUGAAAGCACUAAUUCCGAUCUGAAAUGAUCAUUUUCUUCAUCAGACAGGUUGUGAUCUUUGAGGGAAUUGUGGGGCACUAACAAUGCUCUAAUUUAUAACUGGAUGAUUCCUACAUAGGA